AGACCAGAUACCCAGAACGGUAUACAAGAUCUAACCAAUCCUGAAGAGCCUAUGGUAAUUCGCCUAUUAAUAGGCUAUGUACCUUGUCAACUAGCAUCUUAAAGAGGCGCUCAAUACUCCAUACCAAUAGUCGAGUAUAGGGGGUUGGUAGUUGAUGAAUAAGCCACGAUGUUGACCGAAACUUACUUUGUUUCCGUGGCUGGGCUGCCUUUGGCCAACAAUACAGCCAUCUCAAAGGAUGCUGGAAUCUACGAACAUACGCUUCAUCCUAGUCAUUCCACUACAAACACUUUCAAGAAGAGCUCCGCUCCUCAAAGUUGUUUAGCUGUGAGUGAGACACAUGUGUUUGCGGCACAGGAUGAGAAAUCAACGGUGCAUGUCUAUUCAAGAGCCAAGGGGAAUCAGGAAGCCCUAGUCACGUUUCCAGAACGGAUACAAAGCGUCACUUUACAAGAUGAUGUUUUGUUUCUAGGUACUCAAGAGGGGAGACUCAUUAUAUGGGAGGUCUGCACUGGUAGGCAAGUGACUACUCCUGCAUGUCACGUCCAAGCCGUGACCUGCAUCGCAGCCACACCCUACCACCUGAUCACAGGAUCCGACGACUCCAAUCUUCACGUCUGGUCCAUCCCCCACCUGUUGGAGCUCGACACAACUAUCGAGCACGAGCCACAGGAGACGUUAUCGAAUCACAGAGCCGCUAUUACGUCCCUUGCCGUGGGCCAAAGUGUGAAUCCGGACACCAACAUAUGCGUCUCCGCAAGCAAGGACAAAUCAUGUAUCAUCUGGAACUACCAACUCGGCGUAGCACUUCGGACUUUGCUGUUUCCGAGCGCACCCUUGUGUCUAUCACUCGAUCCUUGUGCACGGGCGAUCUACGUUUCAUCUGAUGAUGGUUCAUUGUAUGCAGUCGACUUAUUCGCCGAUAAAGCGUUGGUUGGCCCACAGAGCGCGGAGAGCUCGACGGCUAUUCAGGUGUCCUCCGCUUUCGGCGCCGCGCCUCAGGAAGCAGGACCCGCAGCGUGCAUGGCCGUAAGUUACGAUGGCACAGUUUUGAUAUCGGGCCAUCCACAAGGUCAGAUCCUCCGAUGGGAUUUGAGUAGCCGCGCCGACUCUACCGAGUUGGCGAAUCUCAAUGCUUCGGUUACAAACAUUGUCUUCAUCUCGCCACUCCCAUCUCCACGACCUACCAAACCCGUCGUAGUCGUGAAGCCAUUUUUAGGAAGUCGGAGCUAUAAUUUCACUUCCCAGCUAGAUUCUGACAUGGCAGAGGAGACCAGGUUUAGCAAGAUGUUGAAAUCCAACGGACUUCCACCCGAUGUGUUGGAACAAGCCAUCCUCGCCUUCCAAGCCCCAGCGGAGGACGCCGUAGGGGAUCAGGAACUAAAGAAAGAAAAUGAGGAGCUAUGGGAGGUCGUGAACGAACAACGUGCUCUUCAAAAGAAGACAAUGCAGCGGUAUCUCGAAGCUAAAUCCGUCAAUGCUUGAAAUAUCUAGUUCACCGUCCCUUCCUGGUUACACAGUACUGCCGCGCUAUUCUUAUGCCACGAGUGGCACCCGUAAACCUAACUUAAUCAUUCUACCGAAAUGCUUUGCCGCUUGGUAACCAUCUGUCCCACGGGAAUCGCUAGUUCCCAGAUAACACCAACCGCGGCUACCCAAGAGCUAUCGUUAGGCUUCAAUAGUAUGAACAACUCAAUUGUCCGUCAGGCCAUACUCCACCAAGCGGUCUAGGAGACGAUGCCUUUCGUUAGGCUUAUCGCCAGCCUCACCGCAUCAACCAACCCCCUUACACCCAUCUGGCCCCACUAUCCAGUUUAUAGGGACCUCUGGCGGUCUGCGAGGCAGAAAAUAUAAACUUUUACCCGCCACACAUCUACAUUAGCCGCGAUCUAAUUUUUUGCUGGAUAUUUAUUCACCGUGUCUCGAUCAAACGUGCACGAAGCAACAAAUUCUUGGC